UUUUUCCGAUUUAUUCUUGCUUCUUUUUUUUAUUCAUACUUUCUAUAAUUUUUAUAUAUUUUAUAAUAAUUCCUCAAAUAAUUCAUUAGAAUGGAUGAAUUAAAACUACUCAGUGAUGAUGUAUUUGAGCAAAUAAAAGAUUUUGACUUAUAUUAUCAUUUAUCUGAAGAACAAAAAUCGUUAAUUGACCAACUGAUACCAAAUGAAGAAUUAAAAGAACGGUAUCAAUAUUAUGGUUUAUGUAAAGAAUGUAAGCAGCCUAAUACUGGUUGUAGUAAUUAUUGUCAGUCAUGUAAUUCUAAACGUUUUCAACAAAAUUUUAAAAAUUGGACCAGUGGAAAUCAUGAAGUUGAUAAAUUAAUUCAAAAAACGCAAUUAAAUGCUGAAUAUCCCUAUAAAAUUAUGGAAUGGAUUGAAUAUGAUAAAUUUAAAGAUGUUGAAUAUUUGGCAAAGGGAGGGUUUGGAACUGUUUUUAAAGCAAUUUGGAAAGAUGGAUUUAUUAAUAAGUGGGAUUAUGAAAAUGAUCAAUGGGAAAGAGAAGCUGAAACAAAAGUCGCUUUAAAAAGUUUACAUAACUCGCAAGACAUAACAACUCAAUUUUUAAAAGAGAUUGAGGCACAUAAUUCAUCAUGCUCUAGUGUUGGUUGGAUAGUUCGAUGUUUUGGCAUCACUAAGGACCCAGAAACAGAAAAUUUUAUGAUGAUAAUGGAAUUAAAAGAAGGUAGUUUAAGGCAGCAUUUAAAUAAUAACUUUAUUUCAAUGGAUUGGGUGCAAAAGUUUUGUAAUCUGUAUGGUAUUGUAAGUGGUCUUAAGGGAAUUCAUAAUAGUGGGUUAAUUCAUCGUGAUUUUCAUAGUGGCAAUAUAUUAAGUGAUUUGAUUGGUACUUAUAUUACUGACUUGGGAUUAUGUCAACCGGCAAAUGUACAACCCUCUCAAAAUACUCAAAAUAGUAAUAAAGAAAUAUAUGGAGUAUU